UCAAGGAAAGGGAUAGAUUUUACCGAAAACCUCACAAUAUACGAAUAAUGAGGAGCAUAUUUGCAAAAGAAAAAGUAGCAGCAAUAAAAAAAAAAGAUUACGACAGGGCCAAUCAAUUGGACAUUAGGUUGGAUGAGUUGGAUCAAAUGUGGAGGAAUCUUGAAGAAGCGGCUAUUGCGCAGAAACACGCGGCGAAUAACGCAGAAGAGGCUUUUGAUCCUUUCACAAGACGUCCCACAAGACCUGCACCAAGAGUUGUAUCCAAACCACCACCACAACCAAGAACGGCAGAAAGCAAUGAUCCUUUUAAAGAUCAUUUGAACAUUGGAUACGAUAUCAAGAUGGCCCCUCAACCAGCAUUACCAGUGGCACCUGUAAGGGAGACGCCGAGACCAGAGAAGAGAGUCUUAGUGCCGAAAAGGACUCUUUAACCAUACCAGAGGGAAAUGAAAAGAGAAUAAGUGGAGUAGGAUCUUGAUAUUUUUGAAUGAAUUCAUGAAAUUUUCAAGAAUUUUCAAUUUCCCUGAUGGUGCAGGAAGAAAACCGAAAUAUAAUGAAAAAGAAAAAAAAUUAUUCGAUAUAUGUACAUAUGUAAAUAAUAUUUCUGUAAUUUGAAUAAUAUGCAAGAUAUUUUCAA